GGAUCAAAUCUCAACUCAAACGUGCAGAGUAAUCAGACACUUCAGAAGUGACGUCAUGAACGUGCAAUAAUUCCCGUUUGGAGAAGAAACAACCACUUUAUCCAUUUUUAUCGGACACAUUUAAAAGAGAAGAGUAAAGCAGUUAAGGAGCUUAUCUCGACGCAUGAUUUUUACCAUGGAAAAACUUGUGUUGCUCGUUGUUUCACUGCAGAUAAUUGCUGGAACACUUGCAAGUGGCAAUCAAUGCUGUAGCAAGCCUGAGGGACAGUGCUGCAAUAACUGGCAGUUUAUAUACGAGGUGGAUUCAAGUGGUCGUCAUGUCUCCGGUAAUAAGUACGCAUUGUUGGCUGCUAUUCUUGCUGGGUCACGUGUCCGUGUGUCACUAGGAGACUACUACGCAGARGCAGAUGGUGUUUAUGUGCACGGAGACCACGCCCAUGCUGAGUUAAUACAGCACGUAAGCAAAGCAAAUUGGAAACACUUUCAGAAUGAUGCGUACUGGUGGUGGACGAUUAUAUCAACGACUGGGAAUAUGUACAACAUCAGGUACAACGUCGGAUCUCACCAGUCACGAGGCGACACGACAACCAAACAAGCAGCAAAGUGGUUCAUUAAAACAGCCUACUACCAAAACUACCCAGUCUACUCGAACAAUAAAGCAGGCCAAGCCACCUCUGGAAACCUGCAGGACUUGAAGAGUGCUGUCCAAUCAGGCAAAGAGAUUCGCUUGGUGACAAGCAAAUCCUACAAUUUUCGUCUUCAAAAUAUAGCAUUCGAUUCAGCUAAAGUGGCUGGUCAAUUUCUUGAUCACGUGAGCAAAACGACAUCAGGUGUUGACAUUAAAUACCAAAGUAACGCCUACUGGUGGUUCACGAUGAUUAGCACCAGUGGAAAGAGAGAUAUGUCACGGUGGUCUGUUGGUAGUCACGUUGAUAGAGGUCAUACCAGUGAUACAGUUGAUACUGAWUGGUUCAAAGACGACUGCUGGGAGCUUGUGUACUCUCACGACAAAACCGGUCGAGCCACCAAGGGAACCCUCAGUGAUUUGAUCCUGGCCGUACAGUCAGGAAAGCGUAUUCGCUUCCAGUUCCCAAGCAGUGCCUACUACACUGCCGAAGCAGACAACUUAUCCAUUCGAAAGGGUCACGUGACGGCCCAGGCUUUAAAGCAUGUCAGCAAAGCUUCGUUGGAGAAAUUCCAGGACAACGCGUAUUGGUAUUGGCUGAUGGUGUCCAGCACUGGUACURUGAGGGAAACAAGGUACAACGURGGAUCACAUGUCAGCAGAGGAGAAUCCAAGAGCAAACGUCCAAUCACAUGGUUCGCUGAAAAACGUGACUGGAAAUUAGCCUUCAUUCACGACAAGAAUGGCGGAGCGAGGUAUGGAUCAAAGUCUACCGUCAUCAAUGCUGUGAGGAAAGGGGCCGCGGUACGAAUUGUCAAUGACGAUGGUGCCUACGCAUUUCCAGCUCAAAAUCUGGCCAUUCACGGUGGUGACGUUGCAGCCCAAACCGUGAACCAUGUCAGCAUGAUGUCAGCAUCUGACAGUGCCUACGAAGUGUCCAUCCAACCCAAUGCCUAUUGGUGGUUCACUAUUGUAACAACUCAAGGCGAGAGAGAUAUGUCACGUUGGACGGUUGGUAGUCACCAGAGUAGAGGGCGCAGUCAAGACCGUGUUGCAAUGAGGUGGUUUAUUCAACAAUAAACACUGAAARAAGCUCAUGGCACGUGAAGUCAUAGUGCAACUAAAUCAAUGUUAGACAUAAAUAGUAUUUCAUCAUUUGAAACAAGAGAAUAAUUUCUUGUGAUAAUGUGUAGGUUUAUAGUUGGAAAAGAUUUCAACACUUAAAAAUAAAACAAUAAAUGCACGAAUGCAGAAUGAAUUUA